UCACUUUACUGUUCAUGGAUCAUCAUCUAUCUUGUUUAAUUUCCAGUUGAUUGGUGGGCUUCAGCUCCCCACCAUCACUCUAUGCUUCCCGAUUGCAGCCUCUCAUCUCUCGAAAUCAUCUUGUGAUUGUAGGCUAUAGCAGCCCGGCCAGGCAAGCUGUUAGACAGAAAAGAGGGAGGGACGCAAAUGCCCAGUUAGUGAGAUUCAAGUCAACAUUUUAUAUGGCCCCAUGCCCAUAUCUGCUUGUUAGAGAAUCAACCCCAUCUCUUCAAAGAGAGCUUUCCAAAGGUCUAGGAUUUCUUGGGGGUGGUUAUAAUAAUGGCGUCGCCAUUGAACAAGAUCGAGAGAGCUCACCAGAUGUACAGGGAUGGAUGCUAUCAGGAAGCUCUGGGGUUCUACACGGAAGCCCUCUCCAUGGCCAAAACCAAUCCCCAGAGGAUUGCCCUUCACAGCAAUCGAGCUGCCUGCUAUUUGAAAUUGCAUGAUUUCAGAAAGGCGGCAGAAGAAUGUACAUCGGUGCUUGAGCUUGACCGCGAUCACACGGGAGCACUGAUGCUGCGAGCACAGACCUUGGUCACUCUCAAGGAGUAUCACUCAGCAUUGUUUGAUGUAAAUAGGCUCAUGGAACUAAAUUCUUCUUCUGAGGUCUAUAGAAACCUUGAAGCCCGCCUGAGGACACAGUUGUCAUUGGCUCCAAUACCUGAAUCUGAAGCAGAGGCAGAAGAAGAGGAGGAAGAUAUAAAUGCAAAAGAUUGCAGGAGAAAUGAUGCCAAUGUCUUACCCAAGCAUGAGACCGGAGGAAUUGCAGCAGCUACAUUUCCAAAUUUAGAAAAUAUCGAGAGAAAUGAUAUUAGCAGCAGUACAUCAUCUGGUGCUGAAGGUAUUGCACUUGAAGCAGAGAGUGACCAUAAAUCAUCUGAACAAGGGCUUGAUAAAGAAGUGUGGCCUGCAAGCAUUCCACCCACUCCUGAAGUCACCGUUCCACUGGCACAGGGCAAGAAGGUAAGCUCUAAUGGGUGGCAAGCAAUUCCAAAGCCAAAGGGACAUUCGGCGCUAGACUAUGCACGAUGGGAUAGUGUCGAAGACAAUUCCAGUGAAGAUGAAAGCAACGACGAAGAUGAAGAGGAGUCUGUACCUCAGUAUCGGUUCCGUGUAAGAACUGUCGGGGUACGGCCAGUGAAAUGAAAUGAGCAUGUGUCUGCUGUCUUACAGAUGGCUGCCUUGAGCUGAUGCCUUUCCAAUUUGAUGACCCAGAAGUGUCACAUGUACAGGGAAAUUUGAUGUCAUUGGGUCGAAUAGCAUUGAUGGCCGAGGGGGUUCAGAUCAAAUGUGUGCUCAUGGAAAAUAGAAACGGGGGGGUUCAGAUCAAAUGUGUGCUCAUGGAAAAUAGAAACGGUAGAGACGAGAGAGUAUCUUGCACAGAGGAUAUGAGACUUGGGCUUGAUGGACUUCUGCAGCUCCCUUUGGCUAGCUGUGGAGUCUGCAAGCAAAUCAAAUAAGUAACAGCGAGUCUUCCUCAAAGGACAUCCAUGGUGCUAGCAAUGCCAGUGCUCGGUGGUGAGAUUACCGGGCUCUGUAUGUGACAGUUUGUGAUUCGGAACUUUAGAUGAGCCGUUAUAUUGCGGAUAUUUACUGGAAAUACAAGAGUGAGGUUACAAUAGUUGCAAUUGGUCAAAA